AUGAGCCGGCUCCUGUGCUGCCUGCGCGCGCGCCGCCACGACAUGGGCGCCGCGCUCUCGCAGCCGCAGGAGGGCGAGGCGUGCGACGGCGCCGCCGAGCCUGUCGCGCCGCCCACCAUGGCCGACGUCAUACGGGAGCGCAAGAAAAAAGCGGGCGGCGCGGCCCUUGGCACUCUGCGGAGACGGAUCGUGGCCGCAGCCAGGAGGCCCAGGGACUCUCGACCGGACAGAGGGUGCGAGCACGGCCGCUUCAUCCGCUCGGUGGUGAGCAGCUGGCGGCUGGCGGAGGUGUUCGUGCUGUGCGAGCAGCUGGAGGCGGGCGCGGCGCUGCGGGACCUGGCCACGCAGGCCGAGCUGGCGCGCGAGCCGGCGGCGGCGCUGCACGCCGACCUGGCCGCGGCCCACCGCGACGGGUGGUGGUGCGAUGUGGAGCUGGUGGGCGCGGGCUGGUCCGUGGCGGCGCACAGGGCGGUGCUGGCCGCCAGGUGCUCUUACUUCAGGGAGCUGUUGCAGCGCUACCCCAAUUUGUGCCGCGUGCCGCUGGAGGGCGUGGGCGCGUCGCUGUCCAAGGAGGAGGCGGAGCUGGCCGUGCUGGCGCUCUACGCGGGCCCCUCCGUCUGCAGAACGCCCCCCUGCGACAGAUGCUGCAAAUGGGAGAGGAGCACGAAAGCAGAGUCGGAUUUGGAUAUAAUUAGCGGCGAGAGUACACUUUCGCGCCGCGGGGCCGUGUGCGGGUGCUCGUGCGGCGGAGGGGGCGGCGGCGGAGGGGCCGCGAGGGGGCGCGGCGUGCGGCGGCUCGCCGAGCUGCUCGGCUUCUCGCUCGACACCCUGCACCGGGACAUGAAGUAUUUGCUGGACUCGGGGGAGCAGAGCGACAUGCGGCUGGUGUUCCGGCUGGAGGGGUGCGGUGCCGCGUACGGGUUCCGCGCCGCGCUCGAGCUGCCCUGCCACCGCCUCGUGCUGGCCGCGCGCUCGCGCUUUUUCCGGGGCGUGCUGUCGCGGGGCGGCGCGGGCGGCGCGGUGUGCGCGGACGAGCGCGUGCUGCCGAGGCGGUUCGCGCGCGCGCUGCUCCACGCCGCCUACACGGACCAGGUGGACCUUGGGCUGAUAGGGAGAGGUUCUUCAUCACCGUCCUCCACUGGAAGCACUGGAAGUGGCCCCACGCAGGCGUGGGGCGGCGUCUCCAGGAGCUCCCCGCGCCCCACCAGCACCAGCGCCCUGGACGACGCCUUUCAGCUCUACGAGAUCGCCAGGUUCCUGGAGAUGGCGAUCGCCGUGCAGGGCUGCGAGGACGCGAUCGCCGAGGCGCUGGCGCCGGACACGCUGGCGCACGUGCUGCGCUGGGCGGCGCAGCCCCACGCCAGCCCCUGGGUGCACCGGCAGGCGAUGCGCUACCUGCGCGACGAGUUCCCCGCCGUGAUGGCGCACGCCGCCUCGGCGCGCCUGCCGCGCCAGGCGCUGGCCGCCGCGCUCGCCUCGCCCUUCCUGCAGGCGAGCGAGGCGCAGGCGCUGCGCGCGCUGCUGCGCUGGGCCGAGCGCGCGCCCGCGCCCAAGCACGCGCCCGAGCAGCGCGAGCCGAACGUGGUGUGGCACACGGCGCACGCGGCGUCGCGGCGCGGCGCGCGGCGGCGCGAGGCGGGCGAGGGCGCGCUGCGCGAGGCGCUGGCCGCGCUGCUGCCGCUCGUGCGCCUGGAGCACCUGCCGCCCGACUGCGAGCUGGUGGCGCAGGCGCUGCGCCGCGGCGCCCUGGCCCAGCCGCCCAGCCACAUGCUCGACGGCGGCGGCGGCAAGGACGCCUGGCUCGCCAGGGGCGCCGCCCGCCCCCCGCGCUGCUUCCUGCCCUACCUCGACGAGAUCAAGGCGCUGCUGGAGGACCAGGCCGUGCCGGAGGCCGAGCUGGCGCGGGUGCGGAGGGCCAGGUACCUGCACAGGAUACCGGACACCCUCUACAUGGUGGCGGCGGCGCGGAACGGAGCGGGCAGCGGCGCCAGCGCGGCGAGCGGUGGGGGCGUCGGGGGCGGGGCGGCGAGCGGAGGGGGCGUCGGGGCCGGAGGGGCUGCGGGGGCGGAGGCGCUGUGCGUCUCGCCGCGCGUGCUGGGCUCGCUGCGGGCGCGCGUGCGCGAGCUGAGGGCGGCGCCGCCCGCCCUGAGGGCGCUCGAGCUGCACGCCUCCGACCCCAGGCUGGUGCACCAGCAGAUCGCCUUGAGGGCAGUACGUGAGAUGUCUUUGCCAGAUUCUUGCGCGGAACUGCUGCUAGACUGCGACGACGGUUCUGAAAAGGAGAGCGCCGGCGAGGAGGGAUGGGAGUGCGCGCGGGAGGAGUGGGGCGAGGCGAGGGGGCCCUCUGCGGGCGAGAGGCGCGAGAGGCACGAGAGGCGCGGGAGGCGCGAGAGGCGCGACUCGGCCGGAGGCGCCGAGAGGCCGCCGCCAGACCUGGACCUCGACUGCUGCAGGUCCGCUGGUGGUUCCCUGCGCUCGGCGGGCUCUGCCCGGCCUCCAGCAGUCUUCCUGCAGGCGGAGCGCGAUACGCCGGCCUCAUGUCGGAGGGAGCUGCCGCCGCGGCCAGACGCGCACAGGUCGGUGCGGGCGAGGCUGUCGGCGUGCGUGCCCGACGUGGCGAUGGCGCCCAACGCCAACACGCACCUGCUCACCGCGCGCGACUACAUCUACGCACCCCACCAGCCCCAGCCCCAGCCCCAGCCCCACCAGCCCCACCAGCCCCACCUGCCGCUGCAGCACCAACCGCUGCGGCCCCCAGAGUAUGGCGGAGCAAUCCUCCAGCUGGACCUAGGGGAUGGCGCCACGCACACGCCCAGACCAGGGUCCCGUGCCCAGAGGAAUGCCGGGAGGCAGCAACAACAGAGGGACUCCACACAUUCUGCGGCGCAGCCGAGCGCUCGAGCCCGCUCCGAGGACGAGGAGCUGCGCGCCGCCAUCGAGCUCUCCGUCAUGAGGGCGUACUCUUCGCUGGCAGGAGCGAGUGCCGCGCGCUGCCGCCCCUACGCCGACCUGCUGCCACACGAGUUCGCGGGCGUGCGGAGUCGCGCCACGCCGAGCCCGUCCGCGCUGAGCGCCGGCAGCGUGGGCAACGUGGGCGUGGGAGCCGCGGGCGGCGUGGGCGUGGGCGGCGCGCCGGGCGUGGGCAACGUGGGUGGGGCGGGCGGCAGCGGCGCCAUGGCGCGCAGGCGCCUCGACAGACUCACGCCGCCGCCGAGGCUCUCCCUGGGCCUGGCGGGCGCCGCCUCGCUGGGCUCGGGCAGCCGCAGCGCCACGCCCAGCCCCACGCCCAACCCCACGCCCACGCCCACGCCCAACCCCACGCCGCGCCGCCCGCGCGACUACGCGCCCUACCGCCACCACGACUACAGA